UCCUCUCCUUUCCAAGCUAUCAGCUCCCCUCUUAUUUUAUUUUCCCUUUACAAAAUAGGAACCACCACUUGCUACCCUUAAUUAUUCCAUAUGGCGCCGAGGGACAAGACGGCGGCCGUUAAAGCCAACGGUAACUGCGGCGCCGCCGGAGUUAAGGAGGUGCAUUUUAGGGGUGUGAGGAAGAGGCCAUGGGGCAGAUACGCCGCCGAGAUCAGGGAUCCCGGCAAGAAGAGCCGAGUCUGGCUUGGGACAUUCGACACGGCUGAGGAAGCCGCUCGAGCAUAUGAUGCCGCCGCCCGAGAGUUCCGGGGCGCCAAAGCCAAGACGAACUUCCCUCCGGCCGACGAAAAUGUGAACAAGAAUAUUAUUGUCAAUAAGAAGAAUGAUACUGGUGCUAAUAAUCACAGCCCGAGUCCCAGUAGCACCGUGGAGUCCUCUAGCCGGGAGACGCCUGCUCUGAUGAUGGAAUCCUCCUCGCCGUUGGAUCUUAAUCUCGGCCGAUCCGCUGCUGUGAGGUUUCCCUUUCAGCCUGUGCCGACUGUGGGCGGUGUUUUUACAGCACCGGUGGGGAAUCAUCAACGCGUGUUUUAUUUCGAUGCGAUGGUGAAGAGUCAGUAUCAAAGACUGUUGUUUGAUCAUCAGAAUAAGCGACAACAUCUUCAUAAUCAGGCGAUGUCCACUGCUGGAAAUGGUGGUGGCGGGGGGGUCCAGAGUGAUUCUGAUUCGUCAUCCGUCGUUGAUUUGAACCAACAUGAGAUCAACCCACCACGGAAAUCCCUUGAUUUUGAUCUCAAUCUCCCUCCGAAACCAGAAAUCCUGUGACUGUUUUUAUUUGGCAGGACAUGAGCCCAUGAUGCCCAUCGGUUUUUAAUAAUUCUCUCUACUUUUUCUCUGAAUUUUUUUUCCUAUUUUGCUCAGAUAGGAAUUAAAUUAGGCUAGAAAAAAGAAAAUCCCAAAAAAAUCGAGAGCUUUUUCAUUCCCUCCCUCGAUGUGUAUACGUAGCUGAUAUCCUUUUUUGCAGCAGAGAGUCUCUCCCUGUUGUUCAUAACUAGUUACUGUAUCAGCUUUUUUUUCUUAAAUGCAAUCUUAAUGGAUGGAUUGACAAGAAUAUGUCCUUUAAUUUGUCAAA